CGAGCUCGAGCAGCGGAAGCUGCUGCGUUGUGCCUGCAAUCGGUGCGUUGCCCCUUUAAUUGUGUCCCCAGCCCUCGGGCGUCUCUGUCCAACGCCCACGUCAGCAAAUACCUUUUGUUUCUCUCACGUUCGGGCUUCCAGCGGUAAGAGCGGCGGGACCCGCAAAUUGCAUUCAAGCGGCAAAGAGCCCCAGCCCGGGGGGUUGGGGAUCCCGCACCCACCUCCCGCUCUCCCCGGCUCAGCCGCCGCAGCCCGCGGAACCCAGCCGAGCAACGCUUCCUGUUCCCCUGUGUUUGGAAUGGAGAUUUCUUCCCAUCAAUUCCAUCUCCUGCAGCAACUGAAUGAGCAGCGCAAGCAAGACUUAUUCUGUGACUGCUGUAUUCUGGUUGAGGGGAAGGUUUUCAAAGCGCACCGAAAUGUGCUGUUUGCCAGUAGUGGUUAUUUCAAAAUGCUCCUUUCCCAGAGCUCAAAGGAGACCUGUCAGCCAACCACAGCUACCUUCCAGGCCUUUUCUCCUGACACGUUCACCGUUAUUCUGGAUUUUGUGUAUUCUGGCAAACUCUCUCUCACUGGCCAGAAUGUCAUUGAGGUCAUGUCCGCGGCUAGUUAUCUUCAGAUGACUGAUGUUAUUAGUGUUUGUAAGACCUUCAUUAAGUCAUCACUGGACAUCAGUGAGAAGGAGAAGGAUAGAUAUUUCAGCCUGUCAGACAAAGAUGUAAAUUCCAAUGGUGUGGAACGCUCAUGCGUGUAUGGUGCUGAUUGGAGAACAGAGAACAGUCCCCCUCAUUCUCACUUAAAUCCUGAUCAAGGGACUUGUGUGAUGAGUGGCAAUGCUUGGAGCAAUUUCAGCUACUAUCCAACUUCUCAGAGAAAUGCGCAGCAGCUGGCCAAACAUGACCAAAGGCAGGAUUCCAUUAAAAAAACUAGACACUUAGGAUUGCAACAAUCCUCAGAUAUUCCCCAUUAUAAAUCAAGCAAGCUUGAAGACCGAUCCUCAGACCCCACUAGCCACAUUUCUCAAUCUGAGGAGGAAGUCCAAAUUGACACAGAAAUUGACUCUGCCCAUGCUGGGUACCAAUAUGGUCAGGGGUCUGAUGUGAUGCCAAGGAGCUUGGGUGUGUCACAGCAAGAGCAUGAAUCACCCCAUUCUUCUAGCAAGUCAAAGUCCUCAAAAGCAGAUGAGCAAUAUGGCAACAUGCCCUCAAUUUUAGGUGUAAUGGGGAGCUGGGCUGAAGAUGAUCUGCCCAGGAUGAGAUUCAAGUGCCCAUUCUGCACUCAUGUGGUGAAGCGAAAAGCAGACCUAAAGCGCCACCUUCGUUGCCAUACAGGAGAACGACCUUAUCCAUGUGAGGCAUGUGGAAAAAGAUUUAGCAGGCUAGACCACCUAAGUAGCCAUUUUCGAACAAUUCAUCAGGCCUGUAAGCCAAUCUGCAGAAAGUGUAAGCGCCACGUGACUGAGCUAACAGGGCAAGUGGUCCAAGAGGGGACAAGACGUUACAGACUCUGUAAUGAGUGUCUGGCUGAAGCUGGCAUAGACAGCAUCCGCAUUGACUUGGAGGCUGAACCACCGCUUGAAUUUCCACAAGAAGGGGAUAAAGAUUCCAGGUGGCACUACAAUGAAGACAACAGAUCUGAUGUGGAGAUUGUGGAGGAUGGGUCUACUGACUUGGUCAUCCAACAGGUUGAUGAUAGUGAAGAUGAAGCAGAAGAACAGGAAGUCAAGCCAAAUAUUAGGUAGCUGUGAGUGAACUGAGAAUUAGUAAAUCUCCCCUCUUACAUUGACUUACAGUGUCUUGACCAUUAGCCCCCAACCAGCCUGUUGUUAAUAUACAAAGAUCUACUAUAUUGGCUUCUUAUGAACUUGUCUAAACUUGCAUGCAUUUAUGGACAUGCCAUUGAGUCCAUUUUGAAUUUUGUUACUCAAAGUAUCAAUAUUUUGCUUCAUUAGAAAGAAUCCAUCCUGAGAUGGAAUAAUGGAUGAACAAUGAGACUGAACUACUACGAUAACUUUAUAGCAGACAGUGGUUCCCUUCUCAAACCUUUUUCCAUUGUGUGUGUGGGGGUAAAAACACUUUAAAAUUUCACAUUUCACUGUAAAUUACCCUAUUUUAAAACUUUUAUAGGUGGCGGGGGGGUGGGGGAGAGUGGAGUUUAUAUCCAGUAUCACCUGGUGACAGCUAAAUAUAAAAGGUAGCCCAGUAUAGAACAUAAACAAAAUCUUCUUUAAAAUCCAGAAAUGAGGGUGCCCGUCCAUGGAAUUUAAUAAUUUCUUGAUAUCAAGUUUAGAGAAGCCAGAAAAAGUUUUCAGAAAUAUUGUAUAUAAAAUGUUUUAGAUGUGAUAGCACAUAUCUGGAAAAGCACUUUUUUGUAAAACUUCUUCUAAGAAAAAAAAAAAAACAGCAGCAGACCAUUCAUUCAGGAAAAUUUUCCCAGAAAAUAAACAAAUGGAUAUAACUUCUAGUCAAUGCAUCACAGAUCAAGUGAUGUCUGAGAGAAAUCAAUCAUUGAUACCGCUAAAUGUCUUAUUCACUCUGAAAAUCGGGAAUACUCAUUCUUCCCAUCAAAAUCCACUCAGUCUUUUGUUAAUUACCGAAGGAAAGCAAUUUUUUUAAAUAAUGAAUUUUUGUACUUCUCAAAAGUGCCAAACUGACAUGACUGAGAAUUGUAUGUAGUGUAGUUGUAGCUGUGUCAGUCCCAGGAUAUGUGAGAGACAAGGUGGGUGAAGUAAUAUCUUUUAUUGGACCAACUUAUGUUGGUGAGAGAGACAAUCUUUCAAGCCACAUAGAGCUCUGACCUGAAGAAGAGCCCUGUGUUGUUCAAAAACUUGUCGCUCUCACCAACAGAAAUUUGUCCAAUAAAAAGAUAUUACAUCACUCACCAUGACUCAGAUUUGUUAAUUAGAACAGGUACAGCACAAUCAAUGACAGUUCAGGCUUCCCAAAACUACUGUAAAGGAAACACCUUCAGGGGGUGAAAAGGGUUGUUUUAGCCUUCAUGCUAGUUCCUUCCUUGUCCACACAUUACAUUAUCAACAAUGGUGUCCCCGCUAACUAACCUGUACACCUGGUAAUUAGAAACUGAACUAAUACCAACUAAUUUUAAUCUAAGUCACUGAAUAUUUUGGUCCAUAGUGGUCUGUACUCAAUUUGAACUGGUGAGUUUAAGGUAAAAGGGUCCCCACAUACUUACUGUUCCCAAAGUCAUUGUCACCAGGAGAACCUUGUAAUCUUCUUUUUCUAAGCUAUCUCAGUGAACAGUAUACACUGAAAACCAUAUAUACAAUUGGUUACUUUGUCUACAAUUAGAAUACAAGAGGUCAUUAGUGCCAACCAGAGAAUGCUGCUGAGACAAAAUAAGCCACUUUUACUCUCUGAUAAAGUGAGUUAACCAGCACUGCAAACAUGAAACAAACACAUGCAUGCUACUAGUGUGCUUUUCUACAAUCUCCUCUUGGACAGAAAUAAUUUGGAGUUGGAUAAUUUAAAGAUAAUUGGACAUAAUUAUUAAAAGCUUCAUCCUGCCCUCAUGGAAAUUACUGGUGUUAUCCUUUAUUUCAAUGGAUGCAGGAUUAUGCCUUAAAUUUCUGUUUUCCAUAAAUCUGCCUGGUCUGAAUUUUUCUCU